AACUCUACUAAAAAAUGUUAAUGAAAGUUUCGAAAAGUUUAGUUAAGUGAAAAUAUUUUAUAUAUACGCAUUAUUCACACGUUUAUAUAUACGCAAUAUAUACACUAUAUAUUAAUAUAUAUAUAUUGUAUGUAGUAACAUUGUUUCAUGUGUUUUAAUAUGUAUACAUUGAAAUAAUAUAAAAUAUAUACUGCACAAGAAUAUAUUUUAUAUUAUUCUGUACAUCAGUCACAUAAAUUUUACUUUCGACAGUCUCUUAAUAUCACUUCAAGCACUGAACUAUUCGAGCUAUUUGAAAGAAUGGGCAUUAAUAGUACGUCACACGGAAGUAUUAUUCAUUUUACCAUUCAAGCUAAUUAUAAAUUUACUUUUACCGAUCUAAGUACAUAAGUGUUAUUAGGGUUUGUUAAAUUUUAUAGAUACUUCUAAUCUAGUCUUCCAGCGUAUAAAUACAAGAGGAUUUGUGAAAAGUUACACGAAUUAAACGAAUUGUAAUAAAGGAAAACUUUACAAAAAUUUGUAUGCUUGUUCAAAAACGGGGGAAGAAAGAGCCAAUAUUUGUAAAUAUAACAUGUAAUUGUAUUGUUACUUUAAUGCGUGAGAUUCAUAUUCUGAUAUCAUGCCAUACAUAUGCCAAGGAUUAAACAGAAUAAGAUUGCUUUUACUAUUUUACAAAAUAUAAAAGGUCCAUAUGCGUCUUAAGCCGACUUAUUUUACUUAAUAAGAGCCUAGUAUUGUAGCAAAACCGAUAUCGUUUUUAUUUUAAUAACGCCGCUCAUAUUUAAUUUACAAAAUUAUGUAAAGGAUAUACUAUCGACAAUCAAAUAACACUAUGCUGUAACUUGAAGAUUCGAUAGUCUGCUACACCUCCUUUAAGUGAAAAAUAUAGAUUUAAAUUGAUAUAGAGAUAUUUCGGAUUUUUCUUUGCAGCCAAUUUGACUCCUAAUGCGCAUUAAUAAUAUACGUGUAAUUUAUGGCACAUAAGUUCAUUGUCUGUCUCGCUUUCUUUAAUUUCUUUAUCUUGAAUUCACAAUCAGAAACAAAAAUACACGCAAGGCCUAUGGAUCGUUAAUUACGUCACUGGAGGCAGGCAAACAUCAAGAGUUAUGGAAGGGAUCUUCUCUUCAGAGCGGAAUAGUUAAAUGAAUAUCAGAUACGCGAGAAUGCUUCACCAAAAGUGCCGGCAGGGUUUGUAUCCGUCCAGCAACGUAAAGAGAUUUGCAGUACCGGAGGAGAGAGUACCCUGGACAGUCGACUAUCCCGAGUACAAACCGGUCGCGUAUACCGCUACUGUUCUCAAGGGCAAACCUUGGGCCGAUCCCGAAAUCAGCGAGCCCACCUUCAAGCCAAAAUGGAACGCGGUGGAUGACAAGGUGAACCGAAGGAGUUUCACGGGUGACUAUGACGUGAACGCGGAUGGCUACCCCUUGAAUCCCGUGGGAAGAACCGGCAUCGUCGGCCGAGGACUUCUCGGCCGAUGGGGACCGAAUCACGCCGCCGAUCCUAUCGUCACGCGAUGGAAGCGCGAUAACACGGGGACUGUGCAGGUGGACGGGCGCACGGGAAGGCCCGUGUUGCAGUUCGUCGCGAUACAGAGACGGGAUUCCGGAGAGUGGGCCAUACCCGGGGGUAUGGUUGACCCGGACGAGACGGUUUCCACCACCUUGAUGAGGGAAUUCAUGGAGGAGGCGCUCAACUUUUUAGAAAUGGACGAGACCGAGAGGAAGGCCCUCCGAGAUUCCAUAGUGGAGUUCUUCGCGAAGGGCGACGAGAUCUACAAGGGAUACGUGGACGACCCGCGGAACACGGAUAACGCUUGGAUGGAGACGGUGGCUAUAAAUUUUCACGACGAGGAAAACGAUGUCGUGGGGAGGCUCGCGUUGAAGGCCGGAGACGACGCGCGUAGCGUAAGGUGGAUGGACGUGAAUAAGGAGAUAAAUUUAUACGCCAAUCAUAGCGAUUUUGUGCAAAAAACUGUGCUGCAACGUAACGCGCAUUGGUGAAGCCGACAAUCGUAAAUUUGUACGUAAUUGUAGACUGCGACCAAUGGAUCUUUCAUCUAGACCGUAUCAGACUACGGAUUGGGAUUGGGAUUGAGAUUAUAUUGAAAUUUGACCACAGUAAAAGUCACUAAACUUGAGAUUAGUAAACUUUACUCUGAUUGGUCAAGUUUCUCGGCUUCUGGGAGGAGGAUAACAUUGAAAAAAAAACUAUACAAUUGUAAAAACAUUAUUUUUGUAUUGUAUACUGUACGUACUGCAUGCACCUGUACAUGCACUUUCCGCACUGUGCAUAGCACAAGCGCAAGUCGCUACUUAUUAUUACUGUCGUUACGAUGUAAGUUUACAUCAAACUAUGCCACGCAAUCUUAAACCUAGUGUAAAUUUUUUUAUAAAAUGAGAUUUUUCAAUACAAGACGAAACGUACGUUUAACAAAAGUAUCGAUUAUAAUCUAUCGCGUGUCUUACGCGGAAGCUUAAAAGGACAACUUUCAAAUCGUCGAAUUUUAGUUGUCCUGUGUUGCAUUUAUUUUUAUAAGUUUUCUGAUCGUGCAUCACACAGUCAUAUUAAAACUCAAGCAUAAGAAUUAAGUAACAUUAGAUAUAAAUAUAAAGUCAUGGAAAAAUGACAUUAAUAUGUAUAUCAAUGUAAUGCAAUCCUAAAAUCACGUAUGUUAAUUAAAAAAAAAAUUAAGCGCUAAAUGUGAAGUAAUAAUGCUUCUUUUGAAGAAGUGAAAAAUAUGAAAAUAAUGUAGAAUUCUGAAGGCAAAAUUCUGAACAAUAUAUCAUAAAUUGAGCAAAUUUUU